AAAACGCAAUCCAAACGUGCCUGAAGAAAGUAAGAAACAGUCAAACAAUGACGAAGCAAACUGAUAGGUUCCGUCAACAGUGAGUGUGAAGAAAUAUACACCCAAAACCGGAUGUAUUUUCUCAGAAACAACAGAAAGCAGAAACUACUUUCUUGUUACAUGCCUUCAAGUCUCUUUGCGAAGAAAUAGAAAACACAGGAAAAAGAGAGAAGGAAGGAGAAAUUUGGGAGCAAAAAUGGCGGAUGGUGCUGUAAACUUCUUACUUGACAAACUAACAAGUAUUUUACUACAGGAGGCAUCACUGCUAGGAGAUGCUUACGAUGAAAUUGAAGAGAUAAAGCUUGAGUUAGAGAGCAUGAGAUCAUUCUUAAAAGAUGCAGAAAGAAGAAUCGAAAGAAGUAAGUCAGUGGAAACUUGGGUGAGGCAAGUAAGAGAAGUAGCAUAUGAAGCUGAGGAUAUUAUAGAUGAGUUCAAGCAUCAUAAAGAUAUGGAGGAGCAUAAAAGUGGUUUCAAGGGUAUCACCAAAGAAAUUGUCCACUUCCCCAAGAACAUCAUUGCAAGGCAUCAAAUUGCUACAAAGCUUCCAAAGAUCAAAGUGAAGGUGCGUGAGAUCUCUGAUAGAAGCAAGAGAUAUGGUUUUGAUAAGCUUGAUGAAGGGACAAGUAACUAUAUGUCUCGUGAAAGUUGGCAGCACCAAGCAGUACCAUCAAUUUUUUUUGGUGAAGAUGAGAUAGUAGGAAUGGAAGAAAAAACAGAAGAAAUGAUUGAAUGGUUACUUGAGGAUGAACGACGCCGGACAAUUAUUUCAAUUGUGGGAAUGGGUGGUUUAGGUAAGACCACUCUAGCUACAAGAGUCUACAAUGACCAAAGAAUCAAGCAACAAUUUAAUUGUUGCGCAUGGAUAUCAGUGACCCAAAUACAUGACAGCAAUGAGCUACUAAGAAGCAUGGUCAGAGAAUUCUUUGAGACAAAGCAACUAGUGUUACCAAACAAUUUUGGAACAAUGAACAAUAUACAGUUGAUGGCAAUGCUCUUUCACUUUUUGCAUCAGAAGAGGUAUGUUGUUGUUUUGGAUGAUGUAUGGGACAUAUCUCUCUGGAGUUCAAUAAGAUAUGCUUUUCCAGAUGAUAAAAAUGGAAGCAGAAUUAUCCUCACAACAAGAAAUGAGAAUGUAGCAACAUCUGUUGGAGUCGGAUACCGUGUUAAUCACCUUGAGCCCCUUCAAGAGAAAGAUGCUUGGGCUCUUUUCUGUAAGACGGCAUUUUGGAAUGAACCAGGUCGUUGCUGUCCUCAGGAACUGCAACCAUUAGCUCAUGCCAUUGUGAACAAAUGUGAAGGCUUGCCACUUGCGAUUGUGGCCAUUGGAGGUCUAAUGUGUUCAAGAAGCAAGGCAAUCGGGGAAUGGAAGAAAGUUUAUGAAAGUCUCAAUUGGCAACUUAGCUACAAUCCCAAUCUGGGACAAGUUAAGGGUAUGUUAUUGUCAAGUUACAAAGAUUUACCCUUCUAUUUAAAACAUUGUUUCUUGUAUUGCUGUAUGUUCCAUUAUUGUUCCCAAAUCAAGAGGAAGAAGCUGAUUCGGUUGUGGGUAGCAGAAGGUUUUGUUAAAGAAAGAAAAGGGAAUACUAUGGAGGAGGUAGCAGAGGAGCAACUCACAGAGCUUAUUCUACGAAGCAUGAUUCAGGUCACAGAGACUAAUGCUGCUGGGAGAGUGAAGACCUGUCGAGUGCAUGAUGUUAUGCGUGAACUGGCUAUGACGAUUUCUGAGAAAGAGAAUUUCUGUGCAGCUUAUGACGGAAAUGAAUCAAGGCUAGAAGGAAAUUUCCACCACCUAUCAGUACACGAUAGAGGUGAAAAAAUCCGAUUGAGCAGAACCAUGUCACACCAUCUUCGCUCUUUCUUCGUAUUUAAGACAGAUACGUGCACCUCAUUCUCUUUGGAUGCAGCACUAUCCAAAUUCAAAUUGCUAAGGGUGCUUAAUCUACAAGGAGUUCCUGUCGUAACAAUUCCAAACACAUUGGGUAGGUUGUUCAAUUUGAGGUACUUGAACUUGAGAGAUACCAAGAUUAGUGAGCUUCCCAAGUCAAUCAAAAAGCUAAGGAACCUACAAACCUUGGAUGUUUGGAAUACUAAUGUGAGAAGGCUACCAAGUGGAAUAUCAAAGCUGACAAGAUUGAGACAUCUAUACAUGUAUUGCAACAAUUAUCAGAAUUCUGAAACAUCCAAUAUUGCUAAUAGCACAAUGGCUCCAACAGGAAUAUGGAAUAUUCAAUGCCUACAAACUCUGGCUUGCCUUGAUGCGGAGGAAGAGUUAAUCCAACAAGUUGGGAACUUGACUGAACUCAGAAGGCUGGAUAUUACAAAGCUUAAAACUGUUCAUGGGCCAGAGUUGUGCACUUCCAUUCAGAGGAUGAAAAACCUCCUCCGUUUAUGUGUGACAGCAACUAACGAGGAAGAACUUCAGUUGGAAUCUUUAUCUCUUCCUCCAUCGUAUCUUCAGAAGCUGGAAUUGGUUGGACGGUUAAAUACAUUGCCUCGCUGGUUUGAGUCACUAUCAAAUCUCACUCAUCUGUAUUUAGGUAGGUCUUAUCUCCAAGAUGAUAUGGUUCUUUCUCUCCACAAAUUGUCUGCUCUAGUGUUUCUUGAACUCAGAAAGGCCUACAAUGGUAAGAUCUUGCACUUUAAGGCAAAUUGGUUUCCUAAACUCAACAAGCUGAAAAUUGUGGAGCUCGCACAAUUGGAUAGUCUAGUAGUAGAAGAGGGUGCAUUGCCAACCAUUCAGGAAUUGAAUCUAAUUCGUUGUCUGGAGCUAAAGGCGUUGCCUCAGGGUGUUGAACAUCUGAUUAGCCUCCAGAAGCUAUACUUGGAAGAGAUGCCAGAAGAAUUUAUACAAAUGCUGAGGAAUGAUAAAAAUCAUGAUCAAUCAAAGGUAUGCCACAUACCCACUAUCAAAAUUGUACGUUUAAAUGGACAAAGUCAUGUAGUUGAAACACUUUGCUAGCCAAAUGUUAGCUAUUCCAAAAAUAAAAUAUAAACCACCUUCAUUCUUGUUGUCAAGGUAGUUUACUUGUCUGGCUUGGAUGCGGUUUCGAUUGUGCAAUAUUGAGGCCAUGUUAAAGAUGGUGGCUCAUAUUCUGUUAUGCUAGGGAUGAAUAAUAGGUUUGUGGGGUGUGGAAAGCAUAGCCCCUUGUCAUUCAAGAAAAGUAUAUUGGGAAUUUCAAUGUAUUGGGUUAGGGUUUUGAUUGAGAAGGCAUAUAUGUUAUAACCCUAUAUUGAGAAUUUAAAAUCUAGGCAGGCACACAUCCU